GCUAGAAUCACAACUUUAAAGGAUGCUAUUUCUUAUGACAGACAUCUUGAUAUACUAAAAACUAAAAUCUUCGGUAUUUGCAAUGAUGGAACACAAGAUGGGAUCCAGCAUGUCACCUAAUAUCCGCAAUUUUUAAUUAGCCAAGAGGUAGGCUGAAGCCAACUCAAUGAUGGCGUCACUGAAAGUGGAGGCCUGAUGUCAGUUUGUAACAAGUACCAUCACAUGUUUAUUACAAGUCGCGACAGAUGAUGAGGCUUACGAUGACUGGCGGCAUCCAGCUGCCGCAGCCAGUUUUAGACCAGUGCUACCAUUGCUUUCUGAGUAAGUUGUAUGGCUUCACGAUCGUAGACUGUUCUGAAAUGUAUCUGAACCACUCCUCGCGAGAAAAAAUGAUCCACAAUUUGCUCGUUCUACUUCUAUAUUUAGUUCAAGGUUCGAACUCAUAGGCUUGCAUGUUCUCUAUCCCAGCACGUUGUUCAGUGCCUGCUGCCUCUGGAAUCAUCUGGUGGAGAAAUAUAUUACCGUAUUA